AUGGUAGCGGCCAACAAAAUUGUCGUAUGUGAUAACGGCACAGGGUUUGUCAAAGCAGGAUUCGCUGCAGAGAACUUCCCUAAAGCGAUCUUCCCGUCUCUUGUAGGACGUCCCGUUUUACGGGCUGAAGAAGCCGUGCAAUCGGAUAUUCUACUGAAAGAUAUUAUGUUUGGAGAUGAAGCUGCAGCUGUUCGAUCGAAUCUUGAGAUUUCGUAUCCCGUUGAAAAUGGAAUUGUCAAGAAUUGGGACGAUAUGGAAAAGCUCUGGGAUUAUACGUUCAAGGAACGUCUGGCUAUUGAUACGAAGGAUGGUCACCGAAUUCUACUCACGGAACCGCCUCUCAAUCCAAAACGCAAUCGUGAAAAACUUGUGGAAAUGAUGUUUGAAAAAUACGGCUUUGAAGGCUGCAAUAUCACCACUCAAGCUAUGCUGACGCUAUAUGCACAGGGCAUUACGACCGGUGUUGUCGUUGACACGGGUGACGGUGUCACGCAUGUCGUACCGGUCUAUCAAGGCUACGUGCCGCAACACCUCAUUUGUCGUCUGGAUGUCGCUGGUCGCCACAUUACCAACUAUCUCAUUAAGCUCAUGCUGCUGCGUGGCUACCCUCUUAACCGUACUGCGGACUUUGAAACAGCUCGUCAGAUUAAGGAAAAGUGGUGCUAUGUGGCUUACGACACGGCUGCGGAACGCAAGUUGGCCUUGGAAACUACGAUCCUUGAGGAGUCGUACGAAUUACCUGAUGGUCGUGUCGUCCGUCUUGGUCGUGAACGAUUUGAGGCACCGGAGGCCCUGUUUGAACCCAACUUAAUUGACGUCGAGGGUGCUGGUCUGAGUGACAUGGUGUUCGAUAUGUGCAUGAAAGCUGACAUCGAUCUACGCACGGAAUUUUUCAAGAACAUUGUACUGUCUGGUGGGUCUAGUAUGUACCCGGGCUUGCCAAGCCGUUUGGAGAAGGAUAUCAAACAGCGGUACCUGACCGAUGUGCUAAAGGGAGACAAAAGCCGUCUGAGUAAAUUUCGUCUGCGCAUUAACGACCCGCCCCGCCGCAAACACUUGGUCUUUCUUGGUGGUAGUGUGCUGGCUGAUGUCAUGAAGGACAACGACGCUUUUUGGCUGCUAAAGAGCGAGUACGAGGAGCAGGGCCUGCGUAUUCUGGACAAGCUGCAGUAA